CAACGCCAAGAUACAUAUUAAUCACAGUUUACAGAAAAGGAAAAAUGGCCAAAAAGCUCACCUUCACCUAUUUUUCCCUCAAAACCAUAGCAGUACUUCAUCUCUUCGUCUUUGCCAUCACCCUAAGGCAUGCCAAAACAGAUAUGGUCGCUGAUGCUCAAGCCCCUACAGUAUCUUUCUUCAUGCAUGACAUCAUUGGUGGAUCAGCCCCUUCAGAAAGAAUCGUUGCUGGCACCAUUGUAGACACUCAGACAGCUAAACUUCCUUUCUCAAAACCCAACAACAAGAUCUUCCCCUUUAAAGGUGCCAUACCAUUAGUUGAUACAAGCACUGCCACUAAUCCUACACAUUCCAGCACCACCAUGGUCAUAAAAGACAUUGACAAAAACAAGGUUGUUAUCGAUAGGAAUCCACAAGGAGCAUCACCAGACAAGUUUUUGUUCGGAAGAAUAACGGUUAUUGACGAUGAAAUUACGCAAGGGCAUGAGUUUGGGUCAGAGGUUAUUGGUAAAGCACAGGGAUUUCAUUUGACUAGCUCAUUGGAUGGAAGUAGCCGAACCAUGGCAUUUACGGUUGUGUUUGGUGGUGAAGGUGAUGAUGAGGAGGAUGCUGUUAGUUUCUUUGGUGUGCACAGGACAGCUACAAAGGAGUCUCAUAUUGCUGUAGUUGGAGGAACUGGAAAAUAUGAUAAUGCAAAAGGGUAUGCCAAAAUUGAAACACUGCCUUCACCUCAACAACAUACCACAAAUGGGUUGGAAACUCUUCUUCAAAUUACUGUAUACAUAGCCUAGAUAAUAGA